ACCUACCCCAAGGGGAUGUAUUGUGUGGGGCUGCCCAGCCAGAAGACCCUGUACCAGCUGCAGGCUGAGCGGAUUCGGCGUGUGGAGCAGCUGGCCAGCAAGCGCCACGGGACCCGCUGCACGGUGCCUUGGUACAUCAUGACAAGCGAGUUCACUCUGGGGCCCACGGCCGAGUUCUUCAAGAAGCACAACUUCUUCCACCUGGACCCCGCCAACGUGGUCAUGUUUGAGCAGCGCAUGCUGCCUGCAGUGACCUUCGACGGCCAGGCCAUCCUGGAGCGGAAAGACAAGGUCGCCAUGGCCCCAGAUGGCAACGGGGGCCUGUACUGUGCCCUUUCGGACCACCAGGUCCUGGAGGACAUGGCGUGCCGUGGCGUGGAGUUUGUGCACGUGUACUGCGUGGACAACAUCCUAGUGCGGCUUGCUGAUCCCCUCUUCAUUGGCUUCUGUGUGCUGCAGGGUGCGGACUGCGGUGCCAAGGUGGUGGAAAAGGCAUACCCCGAGGAGCCCGUGGGCGUGGUGUGCCAGGUGGACGGCAUGCCGCAGGUGGUGGAGUACAGCGAGAUCAGCCCAGAGACAGCGCAGCUGCGGGCGCCUGACGGGAGUCUGCUCUACGGCGCGGGCAACAUCUGCAACCAUUUCUUCACCCGAGACUUCCUCCACGCUGUCAUCCAGGAAUUUGAGCCCUUGCUGAAGCCGCACGUGGCUAUCAAGAAGGUUCCUUACAUGGACGAGGAGGGGAACCUGGUGAAGCCAUUGAAACCCAACGGGGUCAAAAUGGAGAAGUUUGUGUUUGAUGUGUUCCCGUUUGCUAAGAAUUUCGUUGCCUUUGAAGUGCUGCGGGAGGAGGAGUUUUCCCCGCUGAAGAACGCGGACCCUGCUGACAGGGACAGCCCCUCCACCGCCCGGCGGGCCCUGCUGGCGCAGCACUACCGCUGGGCACUGCAGGCGGGUGCCCGCUUCCUGGACACCCAUGGGGCCUUGCUCCCCACGUCGCCUGGGCUGCCCGGAAGUGAAGAUCCUCCGGCCAUCUGUGAGAUUUCACCCCUAGUGUCCUAUUCCGGAGAGGGUCUGGAGGAGUAUCUGCAGGGCAGGGAGUUUCCGUCUCCCCUCAUCCUGGACGAGGCCCAGGCGCUGCUGCUCCAGGAGUCGUGA